AUGGACAUGGACGUAGACGUGGACGUGGACAUGGACAUGGACGUGGACGUGGACGUGGACGUAGACGUGGACGUGGACGUGGACGUGGACGUGGACCUGGACGUGGACGUGGACGUGGACGUGGACAUGGACAUGGACGUGGACGUAGACAUGGACAUGGACGUAGACGUGGACGUGGACGUGGACGUGGACAUGGACGUGGACAUGGACAUGGACGUGGACGUGGACGUGGACGUGGACAUGGACGUGGACGUGGACGUGGACGUGGACAUGGACGUGGACAUGGACGUAGACGUGGACAUGGACAUAGACGUAGACGUGGACGUGGACGUGGACGUGGACAUGGACGUGGACGUGGACGUGGACGUGGACGUGGACAUGGACGUGGACAUGGACGUGGACAUGGACGUGGACGUGGACAUGGACGUGGACGUGGACAUGGACGUGGACGUAGACGUGGACGUGGACGUAGACGUGGACGUGGACAUGGACGUGGACGUGGACGUGGACGUGGACGUAUACGUGGACGUGGACGUGGACGUGGACGUGGACGUGGACGUGGACAUGGACGUGGACGUGGACGUGGACGUGGACGUGGACGUGGACGUGGACGUAGACGUGGACGUGGACGUGGACGUAGACGUGGACGUGGACGUGGACGUGGACAUGGACGUGGACGUGGACGUGGACGUGGACGUGGACAUGGACGUGGACGUGGAUAUGGACGUGGACGUGAACAUGGACGUGGACGUGGACGUGGACAUGGACGUGGACGUGGACGUGGACGUGGACAUGGACGUGGACAUGGACGUGGACAUGGACAUGAACGUGGACAUGGACAUGGACGUGGACGUGGACGUGGACGUGGACGUGGACGUAGACGUGGACGUGGACGUGGACGACGUGGACAUGGACGUGGACAUGGACGUGGACAUGGACGUGGACAUGGACGUGGACGUGCACAUGGACGUGGACGUGGGCCUGGACGUGGACGUAGACGUGGACGACGUGGACGUGGACGUCGAUGUGGACGUGGACGUGGACGUGGACUUGGACAUGGACGUGGACGUGGACGUGGACGUGGACGUGGACAUGGACGUGGACGUGGACGUGGACAUGGACGUGGACGUGGACACGGACGUGGACAUGGACGUGGACGUGGACAUGGACGUGGACGUGGACGUGGACGUGGACGUGGACGAGGACGUGGACGUGGACAUGGACGUGGACGUGGACGUGGACUUGGACUUGGACGUGGACGUGGACGUGGACAUGGACGUGGACGUGGACAUGGACGUGGACGUGGACGUGGACAUGGACGUGGACGAGGACGUGGACAUGGACGUGGACAUGGACGUGGACGUGGACGUGGACGUGGACGUAGACGUGGACGUGGACGUGGACAUGGACGUGGACGUCGAUGUGGACGUGGACAUGGACGUGGACAUGGAUGUGGACAUGGACGUGGACGUGGACAUGGACGUGGACAUGGACGUGGACGUGGACAUGGACGUGGACGUGGACGUGGACGUGGACGUGGACGUGGACGAGGACGUGGACAUUGGAUACGUGGACAUGGACGUGGACAUGGACGUGGACGUGGACGUAGACGUGGACGUGGACGUGGACGUGGACGUGGACGUGGAGGUAGACGUGGACGUGGACGUGGACAUGGACGUGGACGUGGACAUGGACGUGGACGUGGACGUGGACAUGGACGUGGACAUGGACGUGGACAUGGACGUGGACAUGGACGUGGACGUGGACGUGGACGUGGACGUGGACAUGGACGUGGACGUGGACAUGGACGUGGACGUGGACGUGGACGUGGACGUGGACGUGGACGUGGACAUGGACGUGGACGUGGACGUGGACGUGGACAUGGACGUGGACAUGGACGUGGACGUGGACGUGGACGUGGACGUGGACGUGGACGUGGACGUGGACAUGGACGUGGACGUGGACGUGGACGUGGACGUGGACGUGGACGUGGACGUGGACGUGGACGUGGAGGGUUUAGGGUUUAGGGUUUAG